AUCAUGAAUGUGUUGUUAAACAAGUACAAUUUAACCAUUAGGAAUAAAAAAUUGUACACUUAAAAGGUUUUACAGUAUUUUUAAUAUUUUAAUUUACUUUGGCAGCUCUUCAGCUCCUCACUUUGUAUGAUAGAAAGUGUCCAUUUGAUGCAUCUGAGUAUUUCUUGCAUACUGAGGGUUUGGUGAUACUUAUUUUGCAUACUAAUUUGAUUCCCAAAUAAACACUUAAUAAAAUGUAUUGCACUGUAAAUCCCUUCAUGUAAAUCCAAAGAUGUAGUGUAAAUGUACUUUUCUUUAUACAGUAAGUAAAGUUUUUUAGUUAAUGUAUCCACUUACUCUCACUUUAAAAACUGACAGAGUUUUUGAUCUAAUUAAAGUUUCACUGACUGACUUCAUCACUGCUUGUCAUAUAUCUUUUAUAAAGUAAUUAGCAGCGCAAACACACAAAUAAACAACCCUGCCCAUCACCAAACUCCUCUCCAACUUUACAUACAGAUAACAGUGCGUCGAUAAGAGGAGGAGUCGUGAAGGGGGCCCGGGGGGAGGGACAGGGGCCACACAGAUAAAUCGCGACUCCAAACAAUCACCUCAGAUCAGAUGCCUUCGAGUUGCACGACUCACCUCUAGGAUCAAUUUUCUUACCAAAGGAUUUUAACAAACGCAAUUAUGUAUUCAUUCGCGUUCCGCGCGCUCUUGCUGUGGGUCUCUGUUGUUUUUCCCUUCUCUUUUGCGCUAUCGGGAGAAUAUUGUCACGGCUGGACGGAUUCCUUCAACACUUGGCACCGGGGAUUUCAGUGUCCAGAGCGCUUUGACGGCCAGGACGCGCGCUACUGCUGCGGUACCUGCGCGCUCAGGUAUUGCUGCACCUAUGCGGAGGCGCGCCUCGAUCAGAGCACGUGCGACACGGGCUCCGAGUCUGAAAACACGAACGAUAUAAGGAUGAUGACAGAAAGUGUUCCAACCUAUCUCCCUUUUGUGAUUGUGGUGAGCGCGUUCCUGUCAUUCGUACUGGUCGGGUCAGUCGUGUCUAUCUGCUGCUGUCAGUGUGUUAAACCCAAAGCGAGUGAUCGGCCGACCGGACCGUCUGCUGUUCAGACCAGCCUGUUGGAGUCGGGUGGACCUUCUGUGGACAGCUCGACCCCGUCCCGCACCUCCACUUCAGGGUCUUCCACUGCAAACCCUCGACCUCCACCAUCUGAGCUCAGCGUAAACGUCUAUGGAAAGUCAUUUCCCACUUCUCAGUCACAGCAAUAUGGUCCUCCACUCCCCCAGGGGGCGCCACAGUUCUACCAGCCCUACAUGAACUAUGGUUUUCCUCCUGAACGCAGCAUGUUGGUGGCCCCCGCGUUCCUGGACAGCCGUCAGGUUUUCGGGCAGCCUUUUCCUCAGGCCCCUAUGCACACAGAACCCAUAUAUCCAACAGUCACCAUCUGAUGAUGCAUAUAACUUUUUACGAAAUCAAAUGGGAUAAUAGGGUGGUCGGGGGAUGUCUCAGGGAUAUGUUGUUUUGCUACCUUGGGUGGCUUCUACAGACAGUAUGAAUGUGCAUUUAAAAUGGAGAGUGCAUAAAGAACUUUUUAUGAUUUAUAUGUACUCGUGUACACGAUUGACAUCAUGCGUUUUACUCAUGGUGUAUUACUGCUUCUCAUAGGAGUGUAUUUGCAUGAACAGAUUGUGAUGUUAUUUAUAACAGAUUAGAGAAUAAAUUUAUUUUCUUAGGCA